GCGGACGUGACAACCCCUUCUCUGGAAACCACCAUGUCCCUGCUCUGCCUAGCUUGUUCCUCUUGUUUACCAUCGCGUUCGGCUGAACAGAAAUUAUUUAUGACACCAUGUUGCCAGCACCCGAUAUGCAAUCCUUGCAUCUCGUCCAAUCCUCGUCUAGCUCGUUAUAAUCCCUGUUUGAUGUGUUUAGCAGGUGUCGAUGCGGUCGGGGCAAAUAUCAACGGCAAAGGAAACGAAAGUCAAACUGCGGUUAGAAAUAUUGACGGAGCUGUUCACGAUGAAGAUAUAUUUGUAUUGGGAGAUGAUGACGAAGAAAACGAUGACUUCCAAAGCUUAGAGAUUGACGGUAGGAGUCAUAUCCUCGCAGCCGCUUCCAGUAACGCAAGUGAAGUGGUGUGUGGUAAUUCUUCUCCUCAACGUGAUAUACAAGCAGAGCAAGAAAUUCAUACGAAAAUGGAUAAUCAAACGACUCGUCGACAAGCGCAGUACCAUAUCAAACGUGGAGAUACAUUACAGGGUAUAGUUUUCAAAUUUGGGGUCAAUCCAGAGGAACUUUGCCGACUCAAUAAAUUGCCCUUCAGUACCUUGACUACGACACCUCAUCUCGUCCAUACUCGUACGGUUCUCCUUCUCCCACCCUCGGCUAGAAUCGUGAAUAAGGACAACGUCUCGUUUCUAGACGAGUCUGUGUCCUCUUCUUCAAAAAUCGAAGAGGAAAGAGCGGUGAGAAGAGCUCGAGAAAAGGCAGAGAAGCGUUUACAAACUGUGACUAAAGAGGUAGAUUGGGCGAUAGCCAAGGCUUAUAUCGCUUUAGCUGAACUUCCUGGGGAAGAAGAUGUUUAUACCGCGAAGAUAAAGGAGGAACCGACAACCAAAGGGGGUUAUGGCUCUCGUCUAGAGGCAGUUGCUGUAGAUCGAUAUCUAGAUGAUAUGGAAUGGGAGGCCGAUCAACGGAGGGCAGGACGGGGCGUAUCGAUACUCUCCAUUCCGCCACCGUGGCUGUUCCUAAAGAAAAGUUGACGGAAUUUCUUUUGACUCUAUCAGAAGCUGUACUAUCUGAAGCCUGUAACAUAGAAUUGGCUGUUUCAAUAUUACUAUGGAGACCUCUCA